AUGGACAUGAUGAAUAGUCUUCUUAUUCUUGGAAUAUGCCUUCUUGUUAGUGUACAGAGUCAUGAAGGACGCGUGUCUGAACUACUUCAACGGAUCAGGCGACAAACUACAAUAUGUGCUGCACUGACCUGUGAGCAUGGACACUGUGAAGAGAGAUCUAGUUCUGUCAUCUGUGUGUGUGAUCAGAACUAUACUGGAGCAAACUGCAACAUCAAAUGCGAGAAAAACUGUGGAACUAAUUUACAAAUCAAGCCAAAUGAGGUCAGGGAUGGAAAGGGAGCUGGUUUUAUCACCGUUGCCAGAAACGUCCGAAUGGGAACUCUUGAUGUUUUACCGAAUCCGUUUAAAACCUACGGAAGUUACACAUCCUGUGGUUUCGGCUUCAGAUGUUACAACGAUGCUGAAUGUGACCACAGUAUAUCACGGGAGGGCCGGUUGCGGUUUAGCUGUAUCUGUAAGGCAGGAUUCAUUGGAGACUUUUGUGAAGUUCGUUGUGACAAAAAAUGUAAAAACGGUGGUUCUUGUCUUGUGGAAAGGAAGCUUGGCAAAAUGCUGUGUGGCUGUCCGUGGCCAUUCUCCGGACCAGACUGUGGAACUGUACGAUAUCCGUUCUGGCACGAAAUGACGUCACGAAAAAUGGUAACUGGAGCGUAG